GUUUCUUUACGAGACGAAAUUAUCGUCAGCAUUUAUGUUACCAGCAGAAAUUAUCUUCAGACACAUUUUUUCAGUAUGAAAUGGGAACAGAACGGUACGCGCUGAGGCCCAGAAAUAUUCGUAGUAGCAUCGUGAUUUGGGUCAAACCUUGCGUAUAUACCCGGGCGCGGUACCCUCGUGAAACGCCUUUUUUUAUGCUGGUCAAACAUAGCGAAUUCAUUGGCAUACGCGCGCCAUACCAUGCGGGUUCGCAGUUUGGGCGAGACGGGUUUUCUUGCUCUCUCUUUGUUGUUCUUCUCCUUUUUCCAGGAUCCCGGAAUUUUCGCCGUCCGAGAUUUCCCGGGAACUUGUGCAACUCGUGCAACUUUUGCACGUUUUUGUUGCGAAUCACGAUGGUACGGCCGAGUUGCACGGCGAGUUUCACGGUGCAACUCGCCGUGCAACUUUCACAACAUUCCGCGCCGAACCAGGACGGUAUGGGCCUUCCGAGAUGUCCCGGAAACCUGUGCAACUCGUGCAACUUUUGCACGUUUUGCCUUGCGAAUCACGAUGGUAUGGCCCGAGUUGCACGGCAGGUUGCACGGUGCAACUCGCCGUGCAACUAUCCCAACACUUUGUGCCGAACCAGGGCGGUAGGGGCCGCGUUUCGAUUCGAUUUGUGCUACUCGCGCAACUUCGGCAAUUUUGUUGUGCGAGCCAU